UCGAAUGUUUUCUAUGCGUAAAUUGUCAAAUUUGUUCAAUUUCAUUGAACAAAUAAAAUUUGGUGGUUUUAUGAGAGAUUUAUGUUUUGUGUUGUAUGUGAAACGCAGACAAUUUACAAUAACAAAAACAACAUUUUUUUCUCCCCCUUUUUUCUUGGCUGAUAUUAUCUAUUCGAAUUGAUAGUGUAUUAGUGUGAUGUUUUCUUUUUGUAAAUUUUAUCUUAAUUUCAAUAAAUUUGCGAAAUUUUGAUAAACAAUUUCAAUGCUCCAUUCACUGUCCUUGCAGAGCAAGCUACCUUGAAACUUACAGGCAUGCAAACGAUUUGCCGAUGUACUUUGUACGAUGUUUUUUUUUGGUUUUCAAAAUCGCACAACACACUUAAAAGAUUCACACAAAUCACUUGCUUGCCGAUAAUCAUUUCGCUCGUAUAUUUUUUUCAGUUGUUGCUUUUGUCACACUUUCUUUGUUUUUGUUGUUUGCUUGGUUUCGUUGCUCUUUGACGGAACGUGCUUCCUAAAAAUAUCCACACACCAACUGGAUUUUAUGCUCUUGACUAUGUUAAUUGAAGCCUAUUAUGGCCAGGGUAUUUAAAGUUCAAAGUGUGUUGCGUCUUAAAGAGUAAUUACCUAUUCAUAUCCAUUGGUCGGAGUUAGAUAUGUGACAAACAAGUGAUUUCAAUCGGCGCAGGUGAAUGGAUUGAGAAGACAUGCGGGCUCAUCUCAAAUGCAUUUAAUCUCGUUUUUUGUUCGCUCUAUCGACGGCAUGAAUUUUUAAACUGCACCAUAGUUAUUUCAAAUAACUUGUAAAAUAGUAGGAAAAAAAAGAGUCAAACAAACACACAAAAACCGACCAAAUACCAAGCGACGAUGGAUCUAACGAAAAACAAUGGAACAAACCAGGAAAUAUUACAGCCCAAGGAAUGGCAACGUUUAUCCGAGUGGAUUCAUUGUAUAUGUGUGGUUACAUUUGAUCUGGAGCUGGGUCAAGCCAUGGAGGCCAUUUAUCCAGCAUCAGUAGAACUAUCUGAGAAGGAAAAACUGAACAUUUGCUAUUUGGCAUUUCCCGACUCAAAUUCCGGUUGUAUUGGUGAUACGCAAUUUCAUAUAAGGUUACGAGUCGCGCCGGGCACGAAAAAUACCAUGCUAAAUCCGGAACUGCAACGUUUUAGCUUGACUUGUCAAACGAAUCAGCGCCCAGACGUAGGUCAUUAUUGGGGCUUCGUUUAUUUCCGCCAAAUGAAAGACUCGUCAUUACCUCGAGGAUAUUUUCAGAAGAGUGUAAUACUGUUGUCACGGCUGCCGUUUGUCAAUUUAUUCUAUGAAGUGUUGGCAUUGAUUGCACCCAAGUACUUUGCUGGUGGUGAAAGUGUCUUGCAUAAUGCAUGUUUGGACAUUAGUAACUGGCCGUCGUUGCAAGCCGGUGAAUGUAUACAGUUGCCGUUGCUUGGCACUCAAUUUCAAACGUACAUUCCAAGUUUGACGUCAGCCAAUUUGCAACAGCCAUAUUCAUUGUCAACGCCCUCAUCAGCGAACGCUCCAAAUCAAGAACAUGAAGAUCUGAAAAUUUCAUCGCCCGAUUUGACAUCGUCAAACGAAGCGAAACAGCCCGUCACCGCUGCCGUUCCAGUCGCCGCUGAUUUGGCCAGUUCAACGAGCGAUGAUGAACUGUCAAGUGUGAAAAACGAUGACCUGAAUCAAUCUAGUGAUAGUGAUCAGCAGAGGGUGGCUAGCAACAACACAGACAUUACUCUGUCUCGUGAAGAUAUUUUAGAUAGUUAUAAGCAGUCAAAGGAAAUGUUAUUAGCUCAAAAACUAAAAAAACAGCCUGAUUCGCCAUGUGAUAGCAACUCUAGUAAAUCGACCGGUGCCAAUAAUGCAAAUGAUUAUGAGAAUGAGAAUGAUAAUAAUGAGAGUGGUGGUGUUGGCGGUGGCGGCGGUGACGAGGCCGAUGUGGAUUUAGACGAUUAUUUUGAUGAAAAUUACAGUGAUAAUAAUAAAGUAGACGAAUCAGCAAAUACUCAUACCGAUGCAAGUACAAAUAUUGAGCGACCAUUGCGAAUAGCAGCGGCACAACAGUCAAUGGCCAAAACAUCCGUGAUGUGUCUGUCAUCCGCAACGGAAAUCGAUAUUUUUCGAAGUUUGUAUACGGUGAUAUCGUAUACGCAUCUGUUGUGGGAACUCGUUUUAACCGCCGAACCUAUUGUCGUAAUGGCCACAUCACCCAGCGAUUGCUCGCACAUGGUUCAAUCACUCAUGAGCAUAAUAGCUCCAUUGCCAUAUGCGGCUGAGGCUCGACCAUAUUUUACAAUCCACGAUAGCGAAUUCAAAGAAUUUACACAGCGCCAACAAGGGCCUGUGCCAAUUAUCCUAGGUGUCACGAAUCCAUUUUUCUCAAAGACACUUCAACAUUGGCCACACCUCAUUCGAAUGGCCGACAAUAAUAAUGGAUCGAAUUUAGGUGUAAAUGCAUCAAACAAUCCGUCUACCUCGGGUAUGCUCACACAACAGGGUUUACGAAAGUUGAAAAUUUUCACUAAAAUUCUGGACACACCGCCUGGCGUUUACACACAGUAUAAGCCAUAUCUGCAGAAAGACAAAACCAUCAUUCGAAAUCUGGUGGCUGGUGUGAAGAAACAACGACCGGCCGAGGUGCAAUCGGCCAUUUUGCGUCGUCAUUUACUCGAAUUGACGCAAAGUUUUAUGAUUCCACUGGAACGAUAUAUGGCAUCAUUGAUGCCAUUACAAAAGAAUAUAUCGGCAUUCCGAGCCGCACCGCCUCCAAAUCAAUUCAAGCCAGACUGUUUUCUGGCCACACUCGAACAUUCUGGUCCGCAGCUCACGUCACCGUUAAAAGGUGACUGGUCUGGUUUAUACAAACGUUUCUUUCGAUCGAAAAACUUUCUAGACUGGUAUGAACUGCGUCAUCGCGAAUUAACCCAAACACUGGAACAUUUACAAAUGCAAGCACUCUCGAAUACGAAUCUAAAGCAAUGGGUCGUGGGCAGACAUGAAGUUGAAAUAGUGGACAUGAUUUUGAAAUUGAAAAAAAAGCUGAAAAUCUGCAAUGAAAUCUCAAUGGACGGUUUACCGCAAGUGGUAAUUGCACAGAAUGAAAACAGCCGCAAACAACUUCUUCAACAUUUAGAGGAUAUGAAACGAUUUCUUCCAGACGAUCUAAACAAAAUUCUAGGCAGCUAAUGCAACAAUCCAACCAAACUGUUGUCGAUAACGAUGAUGAUGUUGUUGUUGCAAAGCAAUUGCGACAUGUUAUGAUUAAUUUUUUUCUCUUUUGUUUGAUUUUGUUUUUGUAGAAAUCAGGAGAUUCGACGAUCGAAUUGUUAACGAUUAGAUGACAAAUAUUCCAUAGAAGAAGAAACAAUUUUUUUUAGCAAAAAUUAAACGUAUCUGUAUAAGUAGUUAAUUCUGGAAAUGAUGCCAAUCAAUUUAAAUAAUAAACCAAUUUUUACUUUUUAA